CACGGUUUUCAUACCACAUACUCCUAGCGUCAUUCGCCUCGUAUUUUUCGUAGAGACAUGUUGACGAAGUGUUUGUUCGUAGCAGUUUUCUGGAUUUUGAUAGCGAAUGGAGGUGCUUUGCUGGAUAUUUUAUUAUUACAACCAACAGGAGGUGGUGUUUGUCCAGACGGCUACUGUCGCCACUCGGACGGAUGUUACCGGACAGUGGCACUUAAUGUCACGUGGAUAGACGCGAGGUCAUACUGCGAGGUAUUGGGUGGGCAUCUCCUUUCCCCUGUGUCCCAGUCCAUGGCAGCUGCGGCAGAGGGCGCUCUACGUAGAAUGAAAGGCACCAUCUUCCCGGGUAAGUUCUGGCUUGACAUCACGGAUCUGUUGAACCCCAAGGACUGGAAGAGGAUGAGCGACAAGAAGGCGCUCAACUUCACAAAUUGGGACACCACUUCCGGUACUGUGACCUCGGAGGAUGGCGCCCGGAAUUGCGUUUAUAUGUCAGAGUCUCUGGACUACAGAUGGGUGCCCGCUUCUUGUGUUGAGACGAUAAAUUUCCUCUGCUACCAUGCCGGACUGCCACCAACUACAGAACGAUACGUUGUUGGUACCACGCGGGUUUAUAAGAGGUAUGGAGGAUGGAUCAACGAAGACAUGUACGAACAUAGGGACAUCAGUCCAACAGAUGUGGACUGCUAAGAAAUUUCACUUCCAAUGUUUCGUCAUAAAUUCUUAAUAAUUACUUGUUAUUGUUUUGUUUCUGAUAGCAAUAUGCAACCAAUAAUUAGCUCUUUGUAUUGAUGUGUUUGCGUAUGUGAAUUUGGCUGUUUCGACGUUUUUAAUCGUGAAAUUGUGUUAAGUUAAUUUAAAAACACUUUCCCUUGGCAAGCCUAGCCGAUUUAAGGUUAACUUCCUUCUAAAAUCAUCAUAAGCGGGGUAGGGGGAUAAAAGCUGUAGAAUUAUUUGUAUAAUUACAUUGCAGGAAACGUCUUGUUGUUUGUAUUUCUUAUCACAUGACCGAGCAUUACAUGAUCUGUCGUACAGGAACUUUUCAGAUCAUCGUAGAUACUGUAUUUGUUUGUAAGACAGUUAUUAAGUCCAUAAACAUAUUCACAUUUUGGCAACAUAUAGAUAACGGGCUUUCAG